AUGUGCGACGUUAAAUAUUGGGAUGACUUUUGCCCACCGGACCUUGCAAUUCGCCGCAUGUUUGUUCCGCUAUGUGGAAAGUCUUUGGACCUUCGCUGGAUGUAUAAAUCGAAAGGUUGCACUGUCGUAGGCUGUGAUUUGGCCGAAUCGGCUAUCAUUGCGUUUUCAAAGGAACAUCCGGAUUUGGAGUUAAAAAAGACAGCAACGGCUCUUGCGAAUGGAGAAGUGGUUACGGUCUAUCAGACUGCUGACCAACGCCUACGGUUGUAUGUUUGUGACUUAUUCGUGAUGGAUCUCGUCAACGAGGCUCCAUUUAAUCUAAUCUGGGAUCGGGGUUCGUUCAUUGCAAUCGCACCAUCGUUACGAACAAAAUACAUCGACUUGUUAUGCAAGCUUUCCACACCAGAUGUACGUUGGCUUCAGGAAUCGUUGAACUACCCGCCGGAGUUGCAUCGUGGACCACCGUGUACCGUGAGCCCCGAAGAAUUUGAUGCACUUUUUGGUAAGUACAAUGUUUCCGCCGGUUUUUAUGAAUGA